GUAUUGAAGCUCAUAAGGACAGCGAGUUUAUUACAACAAUGGAGGACACUUACCAGUACACCGGUCGACCGGAGCGAGGUCAAUUGUCUCGUCUGACACUGAAUGAGAAAAAUGGAGUAACAAGCAUACCAUUUGGUGAUAGAAAUAAAGAGUUGAAUAUGACUAGUGAGCAAAUGAAGUCAUACUGUGUGCAAGUACCUCAUGAUGGUGAAGAGGGAGGGGAGGGGUCUUCAAGUAAAGGAUAUGAUAAAAGAGUAGCUCACGAUAAAACAUACAAAUCAUCAAUAAAGAUGAUGAAAGAUAAUAAAGGAAAGACAUACCAUGAGAAGGUUAAUGAGUAUCCUAUUUACAACAGCAGUGCAGAGAGACAGACUCCUGUUCAAUACGAGCGUAACUUCAGUUCUCUUCCUUCGGGUGAUCUUUGUCCUGAAAGAGUCAAAGAAAGAAUGACAUUCCUAACCUCAAGCGUCUUCUCAAAACCUCCACCAAACAGUUUCCCAACUUAUGAAAACAAGUCUCGUCUGAGGACUCACUCAAAUGUUCAUUUGGGUUCCUCGUCUGUCUUUGGUUUUCCUCUCACGACGUCCCUUGAGUCUUACAAAGGAGAUAAAGGAGAAUUGUACAGAGCACGUGCUCCUACUAAAGACAACAUUGCAUUCCAAUACAAACCAGACAAACCAUUAGUAUCAACAGUGAAGGACUCUUAUGAUGUCAAGAAAGUGGCGCAACGUUCUCUUAAUAAAAGACAUCUUAAGAAGAGUCAUUGGAAGCUGCCUAAAACUGAAGUUUCAUUUGCAACAACAAACCAAACACAUUUCCUUCCUCCUCCUCCCUCAUUCAAACCACCAGCUCCAGUGUAUCCGUCAAAAACUUAAAUAAUUGUUAUAAAAAACUAAAAUAAUAAUAAUAAGAAACUACUCUAUAGCUGUGUAAUACGAACUAUCAUAGCAAAAAUCAAAA